GUUAUAUAGCCAAAUCCUAGCUUGCCGAAAGCCUGAUUUCACGUUUUGCGGGGUAUAGGCUUGAUUAUGUAUACCGGUAAGUGUUACUAAGAAGUUUUCCUUGUUUAUGUCUUUUACAGAAAGUAAGUUUAUAUGAUUAAUUGCAUUAUGGUAAUACAUCUUAAACGGCUAAAACAAAGCAAUAUCUAAGGGCUGGUAAAUAUGUGUGGUGUAUGGUAGUAUCGUAAAUAGGUAUAUGUUCACUUAUUGGGCCCGAAACCAGAACGGAAAUAUAGUAUGGCUACCGUGACCAUCCAAAAUCAGUAAAGUAGGCUGCCUAGCACGUAAAUCCGUUGUAUAUAUAAUAAAGUACUUAAGCCACUCUAUUAUAAGGUGGUCAUCUAUAUACCCGGUCGGUGUAGCCCGUAUUUCCUACCCUGCAUCAGGCCCUGCUCGUACCUAUCUAUUUAUGACAGUCGAUCCUUUUCCGAUGAUAAAUGGUAGGAUAAAGUCGCUAUUAGUAUUGAUCGUUUUAAUAAGUGUGAUUCCGUCUCGAUUUAUAUCAUUUCGGCUGUUUACCACUGUAUUUUUCCGAGAAACAACGACUUUUUCCUUACGACCAAGGCCGAUUAUAACGUUAGUCUUAUCUAUAUUCUAAAUAUGAGUUGAGGUGACAUUGUGCUUAUGUAUUUACUC